GUGUUGCUCGGUGUGUCCUGUGGGCUGGCUGCGUGACGCGUCGGGAGGUGUCGGAGUCGCGCGGCAAUAAAAGCGAGCGGAGAGCAGCGCGAGCGCACAGGCGACUACACACCGACACACACACACCGACACACACACCGCCGUGCCCGGUCCACGAGGAGCAUGCAGCUGCCGCUGCGGGCCGCUCUCUGACGCUGCGUCCCGGUAACACGGCUUCCUCAUCCUCAUCUUCAUCCUCAUCUUCACCGUCCGGCGGGAAACAGCUCAAAUUUCACUGCUGCAGACCAGCCGGACUUGGAGGAUCCACCAUGGGCAGUAAAACUCUGCCAGCCCCCGUCCCGCUUCACCCGUCCCUUCAGCUGGCCAACUGCUCCCUGAUUCAGAGCACCACGGGUCUCCAGCUGCCAGCAGAUCAUUUCCACAGCAUCUACAGCUUCAGUGCCCUUCACGCCAUCCACCUUCACCAGUGGACCCUCGGCUAUCAACCGUUGGCCCUCCCUCGCUGCACCAUCUCCAAGCUGCCCCCACAGUUUUCCUCCAUGGCGUCCUUCCCCAUCUUCCCUCAUCUUCUGCAGCCCAAGCUGGACUCGGCGGGGCUGCUGCAGAGCUCCAAGAACAAACCCCGCUUUGACUUUGCCAACCUGGCAGCAGCAGCCACACAGGAGGAUCAUCUAAAGGUGGAGGAUCUGAGCAUGACGGGCGCUGUUGCCGUGGCACCGGCCUCGUCUCAACACCAGCCCACGGCCGGGCUGGGCUGCCUGCUGGACGUCACCAAGCUGUCCUCGCCAGAGCGCAAGUCCAGCCGGGGACGACUGCCCUCCAAAACCAAGAAGGAGUUUGUCUGCAAGUUCUGUGGCCGACAUUUUACCAAAUCCUACAACCUUUUGAUCCACGAGAGAACGCACACGGAUGAGAGGCCGUACACGUGUGAUAUCUGCCACAAGGCUUUCAGAAGACAGGACCACCUCAGGGACCACAGGUACAUCCAUUCCAAAGAAAAGCCCUUCAAAUGUCAGGAGUGUGGGAAGGGAUUCUGUCAGUCCAGGACGCUGGCUGUCCACAAAACAUUACACAUGCAGGUCAAGGAAGUGAAGCCAGCCAAGAUCAAGUGAUAGACUGCAGCAGCACGGAGGGACACUGGAAAAACAAGCAAAGACGACAGACUUUUACAUCUCAGCCCUCUGUUUCUGUCCCAGCAUUCCUCCGGGGAAAAGGAAUAAUUCAGAAAUAAGCCUUAGAGGAGAAGUUUAGUUAUGGAAGACUUGGCAGAGAACCCAGUGGCUGUGAGGAAUGUGAAACAGACCUUAAAGAACCCCCGAGGCUGCUCAGCACACUUUGUUCAGAAGCUUAUAAUCCAAAGAGGGACGCCACUUAUAUGCAAUAUAUUUUUUUAAGAAUGAUCAAAGCCAUGUUAGACACACAUUUCCUUCCUUUUUUCCCAAUAUCACCUUCCAAUGUUAUUUUUGUACAGAUGCAUUAUAUCAAAUAGUAUUUUUGCACUUUAACCUGAUUAUUAAUUAUUGACAUAUAUCACUGGAUUUCUUAAACUUAUUUUCUAAAUGAAUAAUCAUUUCUAAAUAAAACUAUUUUACUGUA